UCAGCGCGCUGCUGUUCGUAACACCGCCUCGACCGCCUCGACACUCGACAGUUUACCAGUCGGUUGCAGCACCACGCAGAAGGUAGAAGGCAAAAUCGUUCGCGCACAGUCGCAACCGAACCUAGCAGGUUUCGCCAAAACAACAACGACACCCCGUCGUUGUUUUCGAUAGUGAUCACGUUUACGAUAAGUUCCGUUCUUCUAACAGUCGGUGGUGCACCUGGUGGACCGAAACGGUAGUGUUACAACCGGCCGUCGUCACCGUCGAAACCACCGCCCCCGCCCGGAGAUGGAACCGUCCGGAGCCGUUUCCUCCCGUUCAACGGAGAACUUCGUGCGGUGGCGUACUCGUUCAGAAAGGGCAACCGUCAGUUCGUCUUCGCUUUGAGGAUGGCCGAUUGCAGGGGCGCACCCGACAGAAGGCACACUUCCGACUUGUACACCAGGCCCGGAUGGGCCGAUGCCUCGGUCGCCCUCGCCGAAUUGGAUCAGGGUAGAGCAACAGGAGAUCGAGGUGUACUUUGGUUGCGGAGUCGUUUACAAAAGCAAUUAUUAUCAUUGGGAAAAUUUCUGGAUGCCCACGCGGGUAAAGUCCUCUUUGUGGGUUUGUUGAUAAUCGCAACAUUUUGCGUUGGCCUAAAAAGUUCGACCUUCCACACGGAAAUUGAACAACUUUGGGCGGAACCGAGGCCGCAAGAGGAAGCUCCCCAACAAGAUAUUUUAUCAACGCACCAAAUGCUUAUUCAAACCGCCGUCGAUCCCGAUUCUAGUCUUUUGCAUACGCACGGCCUCCUCGAGCAUUUGGACAUUUUGAAAAAAGCGAGCGAGGUCACUGUUACCCUUUUUGAUAUAACCUGGAAAUUAAAAGACAUUUGCCGAUCUCCGGGUAUUCCAAAUUAUGAACAAUUUUCAUACAUACAACACACCUACGACAAACUUAAUCCCUGCACCAUAAUCACCCCUUUAGAUUGUUUUUGGGAAGGAUCGAAAUUAUUAGGACCUGAUUAUCCCACUGCUUUGCCAAAAUACAAGAAAAACAUAAAAUGGACGAAUUUAAAUCCAACCGAUAUAGUAAAUUGGAUGAAAGAAAAUUUAUCAAAUUUCGAUUACGAACUAUUAGACGAUUUAUUCCGCCGAGGAGGAAUCACUACGGGUUACCAAGAAAAACCAUGUCUAAAUCCCAAAGAUCCAGAAUGUCCCAAAACCGCUCCAAAUUUCAAUUCAACAAAACCACUCGAUAUCGGUGCCGUUUUAACAAACGGGUGUCACGGUUUUCUGGCAAAAUACAUGCAUUGGCCCGAAGAAUUAAUCGUCGGCGGCGUCACCAAAAAUCGAACGGGACAUAUUCGUCACGCUAAAGCUCUGCAAAGUGUUUUGCAAUUAAUGGACAAAUUUGAAUUAUACGAAUAUUAUCAACUUCAUUAUAAAGUAUAUCACAUUGGAUGGACACAUGAAAAAGCCGCGAUGAUUUUAAAUGCGUGGGAAAAGAAAUUUGGACAGGAAAUUCAAAGGUUAAAGAAAAAUACAUCCUCGUCGUAUUCAUUUCACGCAUUUUCAACAGCUACAUUAAACAAAGGUCUUGUAGAAUAUAUGAAAAUGGAUUAUAUUCGAAUUGGAAUAGUUCUGGCGAUCGUUUGCAUUUACGGUUGGAUGGUCCAAAGUGGUUUGGCAGCUUUUGGGACGAUUCUUUUAGUAGCCGCGACAGCUGCAGGAUUAGGAGUUAGCAGUCUGUUGGGAUUCCCGAUGAAUUUGCUAAGUACACACGUUCUUCCGUACUUGAGCGUCGGUUUGGCGAUGCGAGACAUGUUCAUUUUGUUGUCGACGCAAAACCGGAACUUGUCGCCAUCGGAAAUCCUUCAACGAUCGGGACCGACGAUUUUGACGUCGACGAUGCUUCGAUCGGCGGCUUUUUUGAUAGGAGCUAUUUUCCCGACGCCCGCCAUAAGGAUAUUUUGUUUGCAAUUUGCGAUAUUGGCGGUUUUUCACGGUGCGACGCUUUUAUUUAUUUUCCCGACUUUGUUGGCGCUUCAAAUACGAUUUCGAAGAGCGGGAGUUCCGUGUUUUCGGAAUGAGAGUAAAAUUCCGCCGAGUGAGAAUAAUAAUAGUAAUAAUAAUAAUAAUAUUAAUAACGCCGAUCCGGAACAUGACGCAAAUCUUUUAACAGCCGAAGUGAUUUGUCAACAUAAAAAAAGUAUCCUUGCGCUUUUAGUGAAACGUUAUUUAAUAGGGUUAAUUCUCCAGCCUGUUAUGAAAGUGCUUUUGUGCUUAUCUUAUUUGGGAUUUAUAAGUAUUUUUAUUUAUAAUGGGAUGAAAAUUUCUUGUCAAGUUCGGCUCUCAUCGUUUUUACCAGCAACUAUGGAUGAGUACCACUAUUUAGAAGCGCAAAAUCGUUAUUUUGGUUUUUAUAAUUUCUAUUUGGUCACGACGGAAGUGGAGUAUCCUUUGGAUCAACAUCUUUUGUACAAAUAUCACUCGACGUUGACGAAUGUUCCGAACGUUUUGAAAGAUUCAAACGGAGGGUUGAAUAUGAAUAAUUUUUGGCUGGCGAAUUUCCGCGAAUUCCUAAUCGACUUGCAGAACCAAUUUCAUGAGUGUCAUUGCGCUAAUAGUGAUAAAUGGUUCGCAAAUGCGACGGAAAAUGCGGUUCUUGCGUUUCGCCUCUUGGCACAAACGGGAAUGGUGGAAUUUCCUGUUGAUAAAAGUCAAAUUUUUACUAAGAAGUUGGUUGUUGAUGGGAUUAUAGAUCCAAGUGCUUUUUAUUAUUACUUAUCAGUGUGGGGUACGACGGAUUCGUUUUCUUAUUCGAGCGCGCAAGCUAAUCUUCAACCAAGACCGCAUCAGUAUUCGAGUGUGAAAACCGAACAUGAAUUGAUAAUUCGAAAAUCUCAACGUUUAAAUUACGCGCAAAUGCCGUUUUAUUUAAAAGAUUUGCGCACAACUCAAAAAAUAAUGGAGACGUUAAAACAAAUUAAAGCAAUUAGCGAUGAAUACAAUAACUUGGGGAUAAAAAAUUAUCCAAUUGGAUUAAUUUUUUCUUAUUUUUACCAAUUCAUCGCGUUCCAACAAUUAUUACUCAUACAAUUAUCGUUAACUAUAACAGUUGGACUUAUUAUUUGUUGCAUAUUAAUCCACUGGAAAAAAUUAUGGACUGCGCUAAUUAACAUAUUAGCUGGAUUACUUUUAUUAACUUAUUUUGAUAUAAACGCCAUGACCGGCCCGAUGGGAGCGUUUCAUUUCGUCGUAAUAACAAGAAACGUGUUACUUUUAUAUUCCGGAUAUCAAAGCGCGCUUGGUGGGCGAGAAAAGCGUGUUCGUAUGUCUUUAGAGAUAACCAUCGAUCCAAUUUUAAAAGGCGACAUCGGACUUUUAAUUUCAAUUGGAAUCCUCGCCACGUCACAAUUCGAAUUUAUUCAGCUUUACAUUUUUCAAAUCGCGUUUAUAUCGGUUUGCGGCUCUAUCAUAAACUCGUUAUUUGCCGUCCCGUUAAUUUUAAUUUUGUUAGGACCAAAAAGUGAAUUACAACCGUUAACUCACAACGAUCGAAUUUCGACGCCUCCUCCAAUUCCUGUUCAACCACCAAUUCAAAAACCGACGUCUCGCGUGCCAAAACGAACAAUUCCGUCUUCGAAAAGUGGAGGGGCCGUCCGCGAACCAAGUUUAUCAACAAUUACAGAAGAGAGUAAUAACCAAAGUAUAGUUGUCGAACCGCAAGUUACGGUAGAAUAUAGUACACCGGAAACAAGCUCAAGCGGCCCGUUUACAACAAAAGUAACUGCUACGACUAAUAUUAAAGUGGAAGUUGUCGCACCGAUGUAUCGGCCGUCAAAAUCGACGUGCGGCAGCUCAAAGUGUCACCGAACUAAGUGUAAUAAUAGACGUCAAACACAGUGCCGCUGUUGUAAACAACAAGACUCAGAAAGCAGUGACUCAAGUGCAGAUACUGAACCUUGCGCGAAUAACAGCUAGCAUUACGUUACCGUUACCAUACCCACUACACAAUAAAACAAAUUGCGGAAAUUUCGUUUACAAAAAAAUUUAUUAAAAAAAAAAAAUUGAAAUUGGUUACGAUUUUAAAUGUAAACGAAGAUUCCGAAUUUUAAUAACGUACCUUUUAUCAUUAAUAUUAUUCUCGUUCUUGUAAUAUAGUGUUUAUAUUGUAUACCAUUUUGUUUAAUUAUUUAUUAUUAUUAUUAAUUUUUUUUAUGCGAU